GAUAAUAACUACUGAUAAAACAUAAUAAAAGUAUAUACAUUUUAUUUUUUCUAGGAAAACAGUGACGAUUGGUCAGUUUUAAACAAAGAGAAUACAUAUAAGUUAUUUUGGAAAAAUGAGAAGACAAGGCCAAGACGUAAUGCAAGUUAAUCUAGCAGGCAUUAGGCGUGAUAUUUUGAACCUUGCUCACAACUACAGCAAUGCUCAGAAAGCAGUAAGGAAAGCAACAAGCAACGAUCCAUGGGGUCCUAGCAGCACGUUGAUGGCUGAAAUAGCCGAUUUAACUUACAAUGUAGUAGCAUUUACUGAAAUAAUGCAAAUGUUAUGGAAACGACUCAAUGAUCAUGGAAAAAAUUGGCGGCAUGUUUACAAAGCUUUGGUUCUAUUAGAAUAUUUAAUUAAAACAGGUUCAGAAAAAGUGGCACAGCAGUGUAAAGAGAAUAUAUUUGCUAUACAAACACUUAAAGACUUUCAACAUAUGGAAGGAAUCAAGGAUCAAGGAAUUAAUGUAAGAGAAAAAGCUAAACAAUUAGUGGCCUUAUUAAAAGACGACGAAAGAUUACGAAAUGAACGAGCUCGAGCUUUAAAAGCUAAAGAAAGAUUUGCUCAAUCCGUUAGCGGUUUCGGAAGUGAUGGCUUAGAUUCUGUGGGAGAUUUGUGUUCUCCAGAUUGGGAACCCUAUCGCAAUAAAACCGAAUCAAAACCCGAAUUGGAAGCUGCAAGACCACAAACUGUCGGUGAAGAGGAAUUACAACUACAAUUGGCUCUUGCUAUGUCACGAGAGGAAGCUGAACAAGAAGAACAAAGAAGACGCAGUGACGAUGUUAGAUUGCAACUUGCUCUCAGCCAGAGCCAACAAGAUUUCAAAGCACCGCCGACUGAAAAAGCAAGCCACAUGCUCGAUUUGCUUGAUGUGAACUUGGGUGAAGCCAGUGGUGGAGGUCCUCAACCACAGCCACAACAGCAACAACAGCAGCAAGUUGAUCCUUGGGGUAUUCCCAUUGUACCUCCACCACCAAGACCGCAGUCAUUGGAUUUAUCUAGCUAUUACGACUACAAGGCUCAUGCCGAUCCUUGGAGUGUUCCUACAACGAGUACAACGCAGCCCAUUGAUCCAUGGGCUCCAGUUCCUCCUCAGCGUCCAACUGCCUCUGUUGAUCCAUGGCGAGCACCUGCACCAUCUCCAGCAACUGUUGCAUCGCCACGUACCAAUGAUCCUUGGUCUCUUUCACCAACAACUACUGAAGCCUUGACAACACCGUCCACGUCGUUUAAUAACUCGACGCUUACGCAAAAUAUUGGAUUCACUGCACAAUCACCACAAAAUAUUGGUUUCAACGUCAAUGCAACUGGAUUUAGUAGCAACACCAAUGGAUUUGGAAAUUCUGGGAGUACUUUUAAUAAUUUUAAUACUCAAACCCAAGGAAAUGCUUCUGCAAGUUCUCCCGGUGAUUUAGAUGAAUUUGAUAUUAUUACCAAUAGAAAUAAAAUUGGUGCAAGCCCUCAACCAAUUAAUAAUGGUGGUACAAUGUCACCAGAUCCAUUUGAUCUUGGAACUUUGAAUGAUAAUUUACCAUCUCAAAGUACAGGUGCUGUUAAAAAAACACCACAAUCAUUUCUUGGAGAGAACUCUGCCCUUGUCAAUCUUGACAAUCUCGUGAGCACAUCAACAAUCAAAGCUCCUGCUGCUCCAACAACUGCUUAUGCUGCUAAUCCAUUUGCAACUGUAACACCACCACCACCACGUCCUUCAAUCAAUCAGAUUCGACAGGAACCUUGGACAGGAAAUGGAGCUGCAUCAACUACAGCCAAUCCAUUCCUUUCGUAGCUGAUUAAUACAUGAGAUAAAUCAACAAAAAUAGUAACAACAAUUAUUUAAAACAAUUUAUUAAAUAAAAAAAAAAAAAUA